AGCUAUCGGGGACGAAAACGACUUGACAUGAUGCUGAAUAGGCCUUGAUUUUAGUGAAAAACAUGCAAUAAUCGAAGCGCAAAACAAAGAUCGGUGAACGCGAGUAUUUUUUAAAUGUCGCGUUCAAACUAUUCUCUGCGUACCGUCGUCAUUGCCGUAUGCGCGGCCUGCGUUACCGACCGCGGCGGACAGGCGGAGCUUAGGAAAAAACAUGGACGUUCUGAGCCGCGUUUAAAACAGUUUAAAAUCCGUUUAUUCGCUAGGGUUAACUGCAGUGUACCGCGUAGAAAUUCACCGUCGUUUUUUUCUGCCGAUCGUUCUGUGGCAACGCAAAAUCUGCCGCCUCCAGUCGCCCAUUUGUUUUUGUUUUCCCCGAUGACGCAUCGUCCGCGGCUCAGAAUCGGCCAUGUUGUUUCGCGUCUGUUUAUAGUUUGCGGCGCCCCUCGCCCGCUGCUCCCUUUAUCGAAAUUUUCGGUUUGACGAGGAAAUUGCGCGACCGAUAAAGUGCGGGGAACGUUCGUGAGGAAUCUGGGUACUGGUUUGCGCUAAACGUGGCGGUCCGGCGACUGAACGCCAUCCCGUAAAAUGGACGGAAUCGCGUCCGACAAGUUUGUAAUGGCUACCUCUCUCGCGUCCCCGCGUCGCAGCGGGCCGUGACAGGAGGAGAGAGCCGAUAUGUUUUCGCGUGACGGAUUUAAAAGAGGCCGGCGCGAUUUACGCGGAAAAGCGAAUUUUCCGCGGGGAAUUUAGUGAAGUGCAACGAUGAAUAACGAGACUCAAGGUGUUUUGCAGGGCGGUCACGGCUCGAACGGCGAGGGUAGCUCGCAAAGACCUCCCCCAACGACGUCGGUACCGACAGAUCUGAGGGUCAACACGACCGCUUUAAAUGCCGUCGCCCUCAGUAGCGUCGCGAAAUAUUGGGUGUUGACGAACCUGUUGCCUGGACCAAUACCCCAGGUAUCGGUCUACGGAUUGUCCGGCAGGGAAGGGCAAGGCAAGCUCACGCAGGAUGCGAUGCUCAGUCAGCAUGCGGCCGGGUUGCUUCAGGCUGAUCAGUUACUCCUGCAGCAGCAUCCCCAAAUCCCGGUCAGCAUUUCUCAGGGAAAUGUAGGAAUACCGAGCGGGCCGAUUCAUCUCGACAACGGGCACCCGUUGGCCCAGCAGCAACAGUCGCAGCAGUCCGAUCCUGGCCAUAUGGGUCGUGAAUUGAGGAUGGCUCACUCGCAGAAUCAUGGCCAACAGAAUCUUGUCCAGGUGCAAGUACAGGGAAACAUGGUCUCCGUCAUAGACGAGAACAAGGAACAUCCGAAGGACAUGAUUCAGUCUCACCUGCAGGCCGCGCAUAUGCAACUUAACGAGUCACAACUCACCCAACAAGCGCUUACGGUGCAGCAGCUGCAACAGCUUCAGGUCCAACAGGUUCUGGACGGCAGUUCAGUUCGAAUGGAUUCAUCGGUCGAGGGCAACCCGACCCAGCACGGGGCGCAGCAGGGCACGAUCAACGACGGUAUUGACAUGGUAAAGGACGAGAAAUCAAUGCAGAACUGUAAGUUCGUCUCGCCCGCGCAGCUCGGUCUCCAGGAGCUCAAAGGAAAUCUGAUGGACGUUCGUACCGCGGACGGUACCCUGGUGAAGAUCCAGACGAAUAUACAGGAACAGGAACUCGCAAAAACACUCGGUGUGGAGAUGGUGCAAAACAUGUAUAAGGUUAACGUCGACGACCUCAACCAGUUACUCGCAUAUCACGAGAUUUUUGGCAAGCUCCAGGGCCAGGGCGAUGUGCCGGUUCCCACGUCGCAGAACGGUGCCGCGGGUGGUAUUGGCGGCGUCGCUUCCACGACGAACCAAGCAUCCGGCGCGAUCGUUGCAAAGGACGAGCAGGAGGCGUCGACGAGCGGUGGGGGCGGCCAAACCCCCGAGACGAACUCCGCGUCGGUCAUCACCGGCAACCAUUCCUGUGAUAUAUGCGGCAAGAUAUUCCAGUUCCGGUACCAGCUGAUCGUGCACCGACGUUACCACACCCAACGCAAACCCUUCACGUGCCAAGUGUGCGGCAAAGCGUUUUCGAACAAUCAGGAACUUGCGCGACACGGCAAAUGUCACCUGGGCGGCAGCAUGUUCACGUGCACCGUGUGUUUCCACGUGUUCGCGAACGCGGCGUCGCUCGAGCGUCAUAUGAAACGUCACGCCAUAGACAAACCGUAUCACUGUAAUACGUGCAGCAAGACGUUCGCGCGCAAGGAGCAUCUCGACAACCACAUCAGGCACCACACGGGCGAGACGCCAUACCGAUGUCAGUUUUGCGCGAAAACGUUCACGCGCAAGGAACACAUGGUCAAUCACGUGCGUAAACACACUGGCGAGACGCCGCACCGCUGCGAGAUCUGCAAGAAGUCGUUCACGCGGAAGGAGCACUUCAUGAACCACGUGAUGUGGCACACGGGCGAGACGCCGCACUGCUGUACGAUAUGCGGCAAGAAGUACACGCGCAAGGAGCAUCUGUCCAAUCAUAUGCGCAGUCACACCAACGACACGCCCUUCAGGUGCGAGAUUUGCGGCAAGUCGUUCACGCGCAAGGAGCACUUCACCAACCACAUCAUGUGGCACACGGGCGAGACGCCGCACCGCUGCGAUUUCUGCUCGAAGACGUUCACCCGCAAGGAGCACCUGUUGAACCACGUGAGGCAGCACACGGGAGAAUCGCCGCACCGCUGCGCGUUCUGCGCGAAAUCGUUCACGCGCAAGGAACACUUGACCAAUCAUGUGCGUCAGCACACUGGCGAGACGCCGUUUAAGUGUACCUACUGUCCGAAGGCGUUCACCCGAAAAGAUCACCUGGUGAACCAUGUGCGGCAACACACGGGCGAGUCGCCGCACAAGUGCACCUUUUGCACCAAGUCGUUUACGCGCAAGGAGCACCUCAACAACCACAUCAGGCAGCACACGGGCGAGUCGCCGCACCGUUGCCACUACUGCUCCAAGUCGUUCACCAGGAAGGAGCACCUGACGAACCACGUGCGGAUACAUACCGGCGAGUCGCCGCAUCGUUGCGAGUUUUGCCAGAAGACUUUCACGAGGAAGGAGCACCUGACGAACCAUCUGAGGCAACACACCGGCGAGACGCCGCACUGCUGCAACGUCUGCUCCAAACCCUUCACGCGGAAGGAGCACCUGCUCAUUCACAUGCGAUCUCAUACCGGCGAGCGACCCUUUACCUGUAACGAGUGCGGCAAGUCCUUCCCCCUCAAAGGCAACCUGUUGUUCCACCAGCGAUCGCACAACAAGGGGGCACAGGCGGACCGGCCGUUCCGUUGCGACCUGUGCGAGAAGGAUUUCAUGUGCAAGGGUCACUUGGUGUCUCAUCGACGAUCGCACAGCGGCGAGAGGCCGCACGUGUGCCCCGACUGCGGCAAAACAUUCGUCGAGAAGGGCAACAUGCUGCGUCACCAGAAGAAACAUGCGUUGGACAGCGGAGGCGGGACUACUGCCACCCAAGCGUCAAGCCUCGCCCAAGCGAUGGGCGGAGGCGGCAGCCAGCCGAACGGACUCCCGCAGCAGGGUCAACAAAACACCGGUGCGGGCGUUCAAAUACCGGUCAAUCAGGCGUCGCAGCAGAGUGCGGGGCAUAUGAUGCAUGGGCCCGCCCACCACUCAGUCGUCGUGCCGACCGCGAACGGGAAUGUGUUGACAAGCUAUUAAUCGGAUCAGUUUUGGAAUCGUGGUCGUUUUUGAGGUCAAAUGUGAAAAUUUUCCGUAAAGACGUUAAAAUUUACAAGUGCUCGUUGCAUUAUGGCUCGGAGCUCCCGGCAGAAAAUGCGCGCGUGGUUAACGUUAGGAACAAUUGAACUACUAGGAUUUCGGCGCGUCUCCGGGGUCGCGCGCACGCGAGCACUAGAGUAAUUUAGAGUGAAUUUUUAAAUUAUUUCAAAAGAGCGGACCAAUAAUUCCAGGACUGAGCCGGCGAGAUCGGGAUUUUUUCUUCCGACGAAGUCCAUUUUGAGUAGUUCAAUUUCGACUGGGUGAGCGCUUGCCGCGGUGCACUGUCGUAGAGAAAUCUGAGCAAAGUUUAGAAAAGCCAAGGGGAGCAAUUCCAUUUAUGGAUAGAAGUGGGCAGCGGUGGCGUGGAGACCACCGUCCCCGGCCCGACAC